UAUUUACUUCGUAGCUACCAGAGGCGCGAUGUUGCCGACAAACGAUUGACAUUACGAAGAGUCGCUAUGUUAUAAGUCGUGUUCUGUAACACUUCUGUAAACAGAUUAUCAAACUAUUCUAUGGUUAGAACUUUAGCUGGCAAUAUUUUAACCCGGUGUUUUCGUCAGAAAUAUUCAAUUCUGUUUUCUUCCAAAGUAAGCAAGAUGUCAACUGAGUUGAAUUGGAAAUCCGAAAAGUCUAAGUACCUCACAACAUAUCAGACUAGAAAUAGAGAUGACUGGAUUCCUCUUCAAGGACUUAAAACCUGGAAACAGUAUGCUCAAGACAAGGACUUGCCACAUCCUGCAGCUCCACUAGCUGGUAAUAUUAUCGAUAACACCAAUAAUGAAAGUUUAUCAGACAAAAUUUCCAUAUUUAAUGGUGAUAUCACAAACUUGAAGAUAGACGCCAUUGUAAAUGCAGCGAAUAGUCGAUUGAAACGUGGUGGAGGUGUUGAUGGUGCCAUCCAUAAGGCUGCUGGAAAAUAUCUGCAAGAUGAAUGUGAUUCGUUAAAUGGCUGUGAAACUGGACAUGCAAAAAUUACGGGAGGUUAUGAAUUACCAGCAAAAUAUGUUCUACAAGCUGUGGGGCCCCGAGGCGAGCAACCUGAAGCAUUAAAAGCCUGCUAUUUAAAUACUUUAAGAUUAGCAACAGAGAACAAUAUCAGAUCAGUUGCUUUUCCAUGCAUUUCAACUGGUAUUUAUGGGUACCCAAAUGAAGCAGCUGCACAUGUUGCUGUAUACAACGUUAGAAAGUUUUUGGAAAGGGAAAGUGACAAAAUAGAUAGAGUAAUAUUUUGCAUUUUCUUAGAAGUCGACAAGAACAUUUAUCAGCAAGUGCUGCAAACAUAUUUUCCUGUUGUCAAGGCAUAAAAUGGCACUUUAUUUUAAUGUAAUAAUAGUCUUUUUAUUUGUUUAUUGAUAUGAUUACUAAUGCUAUUCACAUAAAA